AUGAGGAUUUGUGUGCUUCAGUCUUCCUAUCAAGGUUCCGAGUCCAUGCUCAAGGGACUUGAUACGGACUUACCCAAUCCAGGAGCCUUCACUUCUCAACAUACGUUUGAAAAUCGAUUUAUACGCAAGGAUACCGCCAAAGAGGAGAUCGACUCCUGCGUCAAGGAAGGAUUUGACUUCUACUUAAAUUUCCUUUGGGGUACCCUAGACGAUGAUGUGGCUGGGAUUCAGGCAAGCCAGUACUUUGAAUCCCUAGGGGUACCAUCUGCUGGCAUCCGCAGCUGGGAGCGUUCUCGAACGAAGAAUGAUUUUUACAAAGAAGCGAGGAAGCGAGGAGCACCCCGCGUGCCAGGAACGGACAGGUUUCCUCUAUUCGUGAAACCAGCCAACGGGUGCGCUAGUCAAAUGAUUGAUGAAAGGUCUGUGUGCCACGACGAAGGCGAGCUGCGAGAGGCCCUGCGCCGGAUAAAUGUACAACUCUACGAAUCACGACUCAACCGAGGACGUUCACUUGGCGUUCCAGACUUCAAGGCCUACGCAGAUGGUUUCGAUCCUGUCACCCGGAGUGAAGAUAUUGUGGUCCAAGAGUACAUUCCUGGGAAGGAAUACGUCGUUAGUGUGAUUGAGUUGGGAGAUUCGGCAGUUGCCCUCAACCCUUGUAUCGUCAAGACCAAAGAUUUGAGUGCCAACGAGAAGUUCCUCACGUUCGACUUGAAGUUCGAUAGCGAAACUCGCUUCGAGCUUAUUGAAAAAAAAGAUAACCCAGCUCUGUAUGACAGACUCCAAACCACCGCAUUGGAGGCGUUUAAAACCGGCAUGUUCCACGGUAGCCAUAUGGGAUGUGACGUCGAUCUUCGCGUGCGGCCAGACGGUGAAGUCUUCGCCAUAGAGGUGAAUCCACAGCCAGCUGCCUUCUUGGUGAAUUGCAAUUUUCAAGACCUCCCGAUCAUAUCUAGCUUCCCUGGUGGCCACCAGGCUGUUAUCAACGUCUUCAUUGCCAACUACAUGCUCCAGAACAACCACAGUAUCUCGUCUAAGGUCGCUGCGACCUACGAUGGCCUGGCCUCCGAUUAUGAUAACCUACAGUCGGGUACCAGAAUGCCACAGAUAGUGAGGGGAAUUGUUGAGAAGUUUGACUUUCAGGGAAAUAUUUUUGACCUGGCCUGUGGAACCGGUAUUUUCGGCCGGUUACUCUCUGAGUGCAAGCCGGGUAGCCACCGUCGCGCUCAUACUGGCAGUCUUGUUGGGUUUGACAUUUCAUCCAUGAUGGUAGAAACGUGUCGCUCUACUGGAAUCUAUGAUGCAGUGUAUAUCGACCGCAUGCAGACCUGCCUGCUCAACAAUCUUGACUAUGGCGACGUAGACCACAUCGUCUGCCUCUCCGCGAUCCACUUCCUUUCCCCCGAGGAGUUCACAUUUGUCCUGGUGUUAUGCUUUCUCAUGGCACGCAAGUCAAUUACUAUCGGUGUUGAUGAGAUUCCAGAUGGGUAUAAUGAGUCGCUACAGGCCUUGGGUCACCAUCAUAUGUAUUCGACAAACCACGUUGCCAACAUGGAGCUGUUUGGAGAGCCCCGUGGCUGGAGGUUAGCUACACGCCACAGGGAAUUUGCCUGGAAGUCUUUCACUACCCAGCAUGAGGUCUGGACCACGUACUAUCGCUUCGAAAAAGUGGGUAACGAUGACUGUGGAACCAAACUAUUGGAAGCCAAGCGCAAGGUUUAA